AUGGUUCUUCAGCAGUUGAAAGAGCGACAACUCUAUGCCAAAAUUUUGAAUUAUGAAUUUUUGCUAGAAGAGGUGGGUUUCAUAGGCCACGUAGUGUUUGAAGAAAGAAUUUCAGUGGAUCUCGCAAAGAUUAAGGAGAUGAGUCAGUGGGAAUCAUCAAAGAAUACUCAGGAAGUAAGAAGUUUUCUCGGAUUGGCAAGAUAUUAUAGGCGGUUUGUUGAGGGUUUUUCUAAAAUAGCCAUGCCUAUGACUGCUCUUACACGUAAGAAUGUUAAAUUAGAAUGGAUCGAGAAAUAUGAGAAGAGCUUUUACAAGCUAAAAAUGAGGUUAACCACCGCUUCAGUGUUGACUAUCCCCAAUGGAACAAAGGGAUACACAAUUUACAGUUACUUGUCAGGUCAAGGACUAGGUGAAGUGUUGAUGAAGCACAUGAAAGUGAUUGCUUAUGCAUCUUAA